UACUGGCUCUCAUACAUCUCAGUAUCUGCUCAUCAACAUGAACGUGCACAUCUUAUUCUUGCUCACAAUCACGGCUGCAAAUUCGCAAAAUCAAACAUGGACCUUCCCAGACAUUAGCGAGUUUUUCAAAAACCAAACUGACAGGGUUAAUGCAUUCUUCGACGAACAAAAACUUAAACUUGAAACCGCUGUCAACACAAGUUACGUAGAAGCCAUCAGUUUGAAAGAUAACGUGGAUAAUUACGUAGAAGAACAAAAGAAGAUCGUAAACGAUGAAGUGAAUAAUUAUGUAAAAGAAAUAAAACAACAAGGAAGAAAAGUCGCCGAUACAUGGUCAUUCGUUCCCAAUGAAGUUGUUGACAGAUACAGAAUUAAUGAUGGAGCGAGCGAGUUUACCGAUGCAGUGUUAACGGUGCCAGCAAUUGUGUCAAGAAAUGGAUAUAAUUGCGAGACGCACACGAUUAUAUCCGAAGGAUACGUGUUGAAUAUUCACCGUAUCCCAAGAUCAAAAAAUAGUGGCGUCAUAUCUCGUAAAACAAUUCUGUUACAACAUGGAGUUUUUGCCAGUUCAGCAGAUUGGAUAUUCAAUGGACCUGGUAAAGGUUUAGCAUACGUUUUAGCUGACGCAGGAUACGAUGUUUGGAUGUCAAAUAUACGCGGAAACAGAUACUCCAAGGAGCAUCUGUGGUGGAAAUCUGAUUCAAAGGAAUAUUGGAACUUUUCAUGGCAUGACGUCGCUAUGCACGAUGUUCCUGCUGUCAUAGAUUACAUUUUAAAAGUGAAAGGCAGUGAUACAAAAAUUACUUAUAUCGGUCAUUCAAUGGGUACGACAAUUUUGUUUACAAUGUUGACUGUUCGCCCAGAAUAUAAUGACAUUCUGAAUUCUGCAAUAGCUUUAGCUCCCGUAGUAUAUAUGUCAGAUAUUAAAUCACCAUUAAAAUCCUUUGCACCCAUAGCCAGCAACGUGGCUUACAUGCAAAUGCUCUACGGUUCCCAUGAAUUUAUUCCCAAAGUAUCAACUUUGGGUGAAAUAACGAAAACUUGUGAAGCAGAGCAUAUGGAUACGAUGGUCUGUAAUAAUAUAGUAUUUUACAUAUGUGGGUAUGACGAAGCACAAUUCAACAAAACUUUAUUACCAAUCUUUCUUGCGCAUUUGGGAACAGGUACUUCGUGGAAAACUGUUGUUCAUUUCGCUCAAGAAAUUGUUUCGGGAGGAAGAUAUCAGUAUUUUGACUAUGGGUCUUAUUAUAAUGUUGAAGUCUAUGGUACGGAAACUCCACCGGAGUAUGAUUUAAGCAAAGUGACACUGCCUAUUACAUUAUUUUGGGCGAAGAAUGAUUUAUUAUCAAGUGAGGGGGAUGUGAGGGCGCUGCUAGAGAAAUUGCCAGAUACAACGAAGAGUUACCUUGUGCCGCAUCCUGAAUUCAAUCAUUUAGAUUACUUAUGGGCUAUAGACGCACCUAGAUUAAUCAACGACAAGGUCUUAUCUACUUUGAACGAGUCGUUCGAAAAUAUACCUAAAUUCUUCAACUUUAGGAUUGGUUUUUAAAUGAGUGUUUGUAUUGUGAUAUUUUACCGAAUUCGAAGAAUUGAUAAAGGCGAUGUUUUGGGUUUAUGAAAUGAAAACAAGGUGAUAACGAGUAAUAUGAUGCCACGUUGUGAAUGAUGUAUUAUUUAUAAGUAUAAGUAAUAUUAAUGUUUAAUUAAAAUACAUAAACAUUUGUUUA